CAGAAAAAACAAUUUAGAAUUCUGAACUUAGGAAGAGGGACACUUCUCAGAACUUUCCUGUUGUUUUAGUUUACUUCGUUCUUUGUCUUCAACUACUAUUUGCCGGUUGCCGGCUUUCAACUCCAUCUCUCCACUAUUGACUCACUCAUCUUCUUCGUUGUUUCAAUAUUUGAUCGGAGCAACCAAAGUUUGCUCAUUUGAUUACAUCAACUUUCAGAGUGGUAGGCUCCAGUUUACAGACACACACCCACCUUUGCUUUUGCUCUAAUCUAUCAGAAAGGCCAAGGCUUUGAAGAAAGUUGAUCCAUUUUGGAUCAAAUCCAAUCCAUUUUUGCUUCUGGGUCUUGAGAUGGGAGCCAUAGACGAAAAGGUAGACCUUGAAUCAGAUGAGGAGAUCCCAUUUAGCUCAUCAUCAGCUACAAAUAAAGUAGAUUCCUUGAAUUUUGAGAUGGUUCAUUUGCCUUCACGGCCAGUUAUGGCAAACUCAUGGAUUGCAAGACAUAUAGGGAUAAGAGCCGUGAGGAGUAUUUAUAUUGUCUUAUUAAAAGCAAAGAUCAACAUCUUGCUACCGUUUGGUCCGCUGGCGAUUCUGCUACAUUACUUUACUGGAAAGCAUGGAUGGGUCUUUUUCUUCAGCUUAUUGGGCAUCAUACCUUUGGCAGAGCGUCUAGGAUAUGCGACUGAGCAACUCGCUUUCUACACAGGGCCAACAGUUGGGGGACUUUUAAAUGCCACAUUCGGAAACGCAACAGAAAUGAUUAUAUCGAUUUAUGCAUUGAAGAAUGGAAUGAUCAGGGUUGUUCAACAAUCGUUGUUGGGGUCAAUCUUGUCAAACAUGCUCUUAGUUCUGGGUUGUGCCUUCUUCUGUGGUGGGAUCAUUCAUUACAAUAAAGUCCAGGAGUUCAACAAGUCGGCUGCCGUUGUGAAUUCUGGAUUGUUGUUGAUGGCUGUGAUGGGGAUACUUUUUCCAGCUGUCCUUCAUUUUACACACACAGAGGUGCAUUUUGGGAAGUCAGAGCUGGCUCUUUCAAGAUUUAGUAGCUGCAUAAUGCUAGUGGCAUAUGCAAGCUACCUUUUCUUCCAACUUAGAAGUCAUCGUAGUCUUUAUAACCCUAUUGAUGAGGAAGGAGACAACAAUGAAGAUUGUGAUGAGGAUGAGGUUCCUGAGAUAACACACUGGGAAGCAAUUGGGUGGCUUUCUGUUUUAACUGUGUGGGUGUCCAUUUUGUCUGGAUACCUUGUUGAUGCCAUCCAGGGAGCAUCAGACUCUUUCAACAUUCCUGUGGCAUUCAUCAGUGUCAUUUUGCUCCCUAUUGUAGGGAACGCUGCGGAGCAUGCAAGUGCAAUCAUGUUUGCCAUGAAAGAUAAGCUUGACAUUACACUUGGAGUUGCGAUUGGAUCAUCGACACAAAUAUCCAUGUUUGUGAUUCCCUUCUGUGUGGUGGUUGGGUGGAUCAUGGGAGAGCCAAUGGACUUGAAUUUUCAACUCUUUGAGACUGCUACACUCUUUAUCACCGUGCUUGUAGUGGCAUUUAUGUUGCAGGAAGGGACGUCGAACUACUUCAAAGGAUUGAUGCUCAUCCUGUGUUAUCUCAUAGUUGCAGCCAGUUUUUUUGUACAUGUAGAUCCUUCAAAUGAUGACUAAACUAACAGUUGGAGUGGCCACCGUGCAUUUGAAACUCGAUGCAGUAUCUGCAUUCAAAGGUGCGGUAAAAGUUAUAUAUACGAAACUACUCCUCCACGAUUUCUCAAGCCUAUGAUGUUUGUUAGUUGCUUUACCUUUUCUUAUUCAUGUAAUAGAAAAUCCAUAUGAUCUCCCAGCAUCAAGAAGCUGGGAGAUUUCAUCUCUUGUAAAUUGAGUUUGAUCCUCUUCAGUUGUAACCUUUCAUUCUCAGUUUUCAUUUUUGCAAAUGCUUUUCAACGUUGCCGCCUC